UGUGGGACCACGCUUUCUUCAAAGAUGGCGGUGUCAGAGGAGGGGCGGGACAUCUUCAAGCUGACACGGGAUUGGCUGUCUGUACAGGAAGUUGUGGCCGCUGUCAGCAGUACUUCCUGUGGCGCCAUUUCCCUUUUUAUUGGUACGACACGUGGCGACGUGCUGGAGGGCAGGAAGGUGAGGGGUCUGCAGUACGAGGCGUACGAGGCCAUGGUCCAAUCAGAGCUCAGCAGGCUGUGUCGUGACAUCAGAGCACGCUGGCCCCGCCUCACACACAUCUGUGUGCACCACCGCCUGGGGUGGGUGGAAGUGGGCGAGGCCAGCGUAGUCAUGGCCAUCUCGUCUCCUCACCGCCAAGAGGGUCAGCGGGCCAUCCAGUACCUGAUGGACGGGCUGAAGGCCAGCGUGCCCGUCUGGAAGAAGGAAGUGUACGAGUCCGACGCCGCCGCCUGGAAGGAGAAUGCCGAGUGCAAGUGGUCCCGUUGCCAUGGAGACACCACACAACAACAUUAGUCAAUAAAGGUCACGUUCAUCCUA